AAAAACCUUCAGCUCUGUCAGUGUCAGUGUAUGACUUUAGGUUUUGCGAGAGACUUCUCUCCGUACAAUCCAUUCAACGUUGUUCUUUCAACGAACGCUCAUCGUCUAGAUGAUAAUUAUGAAGUGAAAUAUUUGUGUUCUGCAGCCAAGUGUCCCAGAUGUGAUUUGGGGAUUUCGAAGAGAGGAAAAGUGCUAUCGAAUUCAAGAUGAGUGUUGCGCGAGAAGUUUAAAAAUUCGAAGGUGCCCAAGUAGUGUGAAGUGGGCAACCCGUGUUGUGUUUCUCAUUGGUCAUUUACCAUCCACAAAAAGUCUCGUUUUCAGCUACGGGGAUUAUGAUGCAUCAUUAAAGCAGAUGACGAUUGGACGAAAACGCUGAAAAUACCGGAAUAAGAUGUCAGCUGUGUCUGCCGUAGGGGGCGUGGCAGGAGAUGAAGGCUGCGGUAUCCCUUUCAUUGACGACAGCGGCUCUUCCUGCGCCUCCUCCAUGAUGGGCGAAGGGGACGACACGGAUACUGCUUCCCUCAGCAGGCUCUUAGACGACGCAGCCUCCAGGGAGUUCAGCAUCAACGGCCUGCAUGACGACCUGGCCUCCCUCUCCUGUGGCUACGUCAACCUCGACGUCCACGGCGGCAAUCAGAGCGACGGGCAGAGCGACGCCCACAGCAGGAGUGACCUGGGAAGCAGCGCCGACUCCCAGGAGAAGUCCCGGGCCGGCUCUGGCAGGUGGUCCUGGCAGCGAUCGUCGCCGGGCUCGCGUCGCACCUCCAAGUCCAGCAUCAAGUCGUCGGACAACCUCGACGAGGAACAGACAGAGAAUGACGACGAGGAUCAGAAGCCUCCGCCGUCACUACCUCCGUCGUUGCCCGUUUGCGACACUUGCGAGGAUCGCUCGUCCACCUCCUCCUCCUGCUUCACAGGGACGUCCUCCUCCGUCCUCUCCUGCACCACCUGCGCUGCCGAGUCAGAUGCCAGACCCGAGUCUGACGCUCGAAUACCCACCCACCCACCCAAUGACGGAGAGAAUCCCGCCGCUCCCUCGGAGAAUGCCCAAGCAGGGCCCGCCGUGGAGGGAGACAAGGUCGACGUAACAGAAGGAAAAGGGGGAGGAGGAGGAGGAGGAGGAGGAGGAGGUGGUGGUGAAACUGAAGGUGGACAGACUAUGGGAGAAGAAUCUGAAAAGACAGAUCUCUCCGGACUCACUGAUCCUAAUCUGACCGCCAUUCCCAAUGGACAGACGACGCCGCACCGCUUAAGCCUAACGAAGGAUGUAUGGAGUCCCGGAAGUCAAGCCCCAGUGCCCCUUAGCGCCUCGACCCCUCAGCCCGGGAGUAGCAGUGGGGCGGGAGGACCCAUGGAGCCGAAGUACGCUGCGCCCCACCACUAUAUUUCAUCGCUGAGAGUGGCUUCCAUGAGAGGGGCGGCUGACAUGGGCGGCGCCCUCAUCGCUCGCGUGGCCACCUUCCUCCGCACUCAGUACAAGAGUCUCGUCUCCUCUCCUCUCCAGCUGCCCUGGUGCCCCGGCUUCAAAAUGGUAGUGAACGAAUUCGAAACUAGUCUUAUUCAGGUGCCUUUAGCUCCUCACCUCAAAGUUCCUCCCGGAUACAUCACAGUGCCUCAGAUUCUACAGUCUCAUCAGCCAUCCUUCAGCGAGUCUUCAGUCGAUGAUCGACCCAAGCGAGUUUUGGUGGAAGGUGACCCAGGAUAUGGGAAGUCGACUUUGGCUCUCAAGUUGGCUUAUGACUGGGCAGCUGAUCCUACUGGGUCUUAUCUCUCAUCGUUUAGUUUGGUCUUUGUGCUCACGUUAAGGGAUUUCCGAGGAGGGUCUCUCUUUUCUCAUCUUUGUAAGGAAGUUUUGCCAAGGCAUAUUUUGAGUAAGGAGGCAAUGAACACGCUUUGGAAUUACAUGAAGAAGAUAGAAGAUAAGGUGCUUUUCUUACUGGUUGGAUAUGAUGAACUCAUUGAGGAAGAGAGUGGUGAUAUCAAUGAUUUAAUAGAAGGACAGUUGCUGGGAAGUGCAACUGUGGUGCUCACAUCUCGCCCUGGCUCUUCAAAACCCAUUCCUUCUUCCUUGCACAGACGUCUUCUUAUUACUGGACUGGCCCCUGAUCAGACUCACAGGUUCAUCUCUCGUUAUUUUGAAGCUAUUAAUAAAUCAGCAAGUGGUAAUGAGGUGCUGUCCCUGAUAUCUGCAAGCAAAGAAAAAUAUGGAGAUCUCAUCACGUGUCCAAUAAUGUGCUUAGCUCUUGGUGUUCUGUAUGAGGAUCUUGGAGGAAAAUUGCCAUCAAGGUUAACAGAUAUGUUUAUGUCUCUCAUAAAACACAUGAUACGCAAGAAUCUCAUAAAGAGAGGGGAACCCAUGUGCUAUGAUGUACUUCCUGAUAAAUACAACAAAUUACUUUCGGAUUUUGGAAAACUGGCUUUGGAGGCUCUAAAAUCAAACACCCCUUACUUUUUGGGACAAGAUCUGAAGACCAAAUGUCAACACGGUGGAGAAAUUGUGGACUUGGGAAUCUUACUUCGUAUGCACACCAUGUCAAAAUUGACAAAGAAGGAUCACUUUACUCCUAUUCAUAAAUCCUUUCUAGAGUUCUUGGCUGCCUUUUAUUUAUCUGGAUUGAUUCAUGAUACAACAUUGCUGCAGGCUGAAGUUGACAACAUUGCAGACAAGAUGGAUAUUAUGCAUCCUGUGUUAAGACAAAACUCCGGACUCAUGGUUCUCAAAUACCUAGUUGGACUACUUGGCCGCAAUGCUCACAUUGUAUUUAACAUGGUUUCUCAGAUGGGUGUCCCACAGAGAAUGCUUUUCUUGCUUUUAAAAGAAAGUGGAAUGUACCAGAUGAAUGUCUUAGAGGAGCGAGCAACUAGUAUAUUUCAGAGGAAUGUAGUUGAGGUGUGCAAGCACGUGUCAGGCCGAGAACAUGUUGUAAUACAAACUAACUCUCCUGAAUUAGAAGACUGGGGUCGUCUUUUGUAUUCUCCUGACUGCAUGCUGGAAGGUGUUGAAGUAUUGCUGGACUUUGAUGGAAACUCAAGAGACAAACAUGAGUCAUUUUUUACUUCAAUGUCAUUUAAUGAAAGUGUAAAAAGUGUGAAACUGACUUGUGUCGUUGGUGGAGAUUUUGGUGAAACAGAGGUUAGAAGACUAGUGUCAUAUGUGAGAGCUGUGCUUACAAAAAGGCGACUUGAAUCUUUUGAAAUCCAAGUGACGUCUUUGGAUGAGGCUACUGCUGAGAUUCUGAGUCCAGUUGUUGACAUGAUCUGUGAUACAUUGCCUGAACUAGCCCAGGCUCUUAAUAAGCUUGUAGUUGCCUUGGAAUUAGAUGGUGAACAGGUUGUACAGUUAUGUGAAGUACUGAAAAUGGCUCCCCAUGUCCGCAUACUCCACCUUCCUCAUUUAGCUUGUGGCCUAGAUGGCUUGAAAGCUGUUGCAUCACUGGUAGAAAACAACCCACUGGUGUCACUCAAUUUAGCAGGCUCUCUCAGCUCUGGCACUCCUGUGGACGAACGAUCAACUGGCACAGGAGCAAGCACCCCAUCACCAACAAGAGAAGAUGCCCCAGCACCAUUAUCAUUUUGGAGCUUUACAGAUGCACAAGGAAAUACCAGAUCAGUUUUUAAUUCUCUCCCUCGCUCUUUCUACCAAUCUCUGCCGAGAAGAGGGCGCUUGCACUCGCUGUCUGCUGAAAAGCGAAAUUCAGAUACAACCCUUCUUCAAAAGACUUCUUUCCCACCACCUGCCUGCAGUCCAUUGGUUCAUGCAAAUGGAUUUCAUGAGAUUUUUUCAGCAUUCCGGAACCCAGCAUCUCGAGUAUGUCAUCUAAACAUCAGUAAAUGUACCUUAGGAGCCGAGGACCUUGUUUGUUUAGGUGAAACCGUUCGCUUCACUAAAUGUCUGUCAUCUCUGCGUAUGGAAGGCCUAUCAAGAUUAGCAGAAAUAAUUCCAGUGCUUAUAGCUUUACAGGAAAACACAACCUUGCAACUGCUGGACUUAACCUCACCUCAUAUCCUUCUUGGGGAUGCAGCCUUGCAAGUUACUCUGAAUGCUCUUGCUAAAAACAAAUCGUUACGAUUCCUAGUUUUGAAUGGUUGGACCAUUCAAGUAGAGACUGAAAGAUCCUUGCGAGAGUUUGUUCAGUUUUUGACUGUUACUGAGCUGCAGCAUGUUGACUUGGGAAGUUGCCGUGUCCUGGUAACAGUUCAUGAAGGAGCAUUAGCUAGGCUGUCAAGACAAGAUGAUGUUAUUUCAGCGUUGCAAGAGGGUGUUCCACCACUUGACAAUAAUACUUUAGCAUUCCUAAACUUAGAUCAUUUUGAGGUUACCUUAAAUAAUAAAGUUGUUCUACGGGGACCACAGCUGCUCUUUAUGCUUAGACAUUUCCCAAAGCUGGUUGAUGUUUCAUUAACUUCAAAUCUUGGUGCUGAUGUCAUAGAUGAUGCAACAACUCACAGACUCUUUGCUUUAAUGCCUGGAUCAUUCCCAUUCCUCAGACGCUUAACCCUUGGAGGUUGGGUGUUUUCUUUAGACAACUGUGAAAAGUUAAUGCGGGCUGCUGGCAAGCAGUUAAGAGGUAGCCAGUUAAGGGAGGUCCUACUGUCUGGUGUUGAAGUACGAGAAACAAGUGGCAAGCCUGGCAUGGAACACACGCUGCUUCAAGCUCUUACCACGAAUCUCCAUCACCUUUCCCUGCUUUCCCUGUCAGGUCUCAAGUUGACAGCCACUCAAGCAGCUAUCUUUGGCAAGACCAUCCGUGACAAACUUGCAUCUAAUACCUUGGAACUGGAGACUCGUGGACUGGGAUAUGCUGCUAUCAAGUCUUUGAGACAAGCUGUCACAGAUGGUGGCAGAUUUGAGUUUGAAUUCCUUGGUGGUCCUUCAGGAAUGUAUAAACUUAAAAAAAUUGACAGAAGGGAAAAAUUAAUUGGAAAGUGGGCUUGUGUUUCAACGCUGGAUCGUCUUAGUGACCUGUAGAAAGGAGAGACUAUGGGAGAGUAGUUUGUGUAUAUAUAUUUUAUUUUAGUUGAAGGGCAUGCUCAGUUUCAUCAUACAUAAUGUUGAGGAUUUUUAAACCAAGACAUAAAGGGAAGGAUAAAGACAUAUGAUAAUGUGCGGUGUAAAUAUAUACAGUAUACACUUUGGGUGUGGAUACCCUUUGUAUCAAUUUAUCAUGAUAGCUGAUUACAAAGACUCGCCCUUCCAUUUAUCUGCUUACAAAGGCUGGCCCUUCCAUUCAUUUCAGCACUAAGAUAGUGUGAUAAGAGACGUGUUGAAUUACCAUCUCACUGUGCUAGACUUUUGUUACCAUGAUUAAGUGUAAAUCAGUGGCUUACAGUGCUGUGAAUAGGUGCCGUUUGUUGAUUGUACCCUUUUGUAAAAAUUGUAAAUAGUAUAUAUAUAAUAUAAAUAUACAACAAUAUUAUAAAGAAAUAUUAUAUGUUCUAUAUUAAGUUACUGUUCAGAAAAACAAAAAUUGUACAACCCUGUGAUUUCAGUCUUAGAUCAUAUGCAGAAGGUGCUUUUUAUCCCUGUGCUUCCAAGUAGUACCAACCUUAAUCUAUUAUUCUUUAUCUUUGAUAUCUUCUAAAAUUGACAUUUUUGAGUGGAAAUGAAUGUUUCAGUGUAACUUAUUUAUUAUUUUAAUUCCGACUUUCAUUUUAAGGACACUUCCAAAAAAUGUCAACAUUUUGUUUUAGCUUGCCCUGUCAGACCUUGUUUUAAAGAAUUUUUUAUAUCAAGAAUAAUAUCACCUUUGUACUUGAUGUACUUGUCUCACAACUUUCUUUGAACUUAUAUUUUUUUAAACCAAUUGUUUUUGUGUGUGGCACACAAGAGGGAAAUAUUUGUUUAAUGAUAAUUGAAUAGAAUAAGAAUUGUAUGACUGUUUAAAUGUACAGUGUAAACAUUUUAAAAUUUCUAUUUCUCACUGAAGGUUUAAGUUAAAUGGAACAAAUAUUGUUGUUAAAGUUUCUCUGAACUAUGUUUGUUAAAAUCACUAUAGUACAUAGUGAAUAUUAAGUUUUUAAAGUGGACAGUGGUAUUAGGCCAUUGCUAAAGUACAAGAGAUGUUUGUUAUGAAAUGGUGCCAAUGAAUUUUCAUAGGUAUAUAAGGUCCCACUUAGUUUCUGAGUGAAUAAUCACUACUGGUAUGCAGCUAAUGUUGUGUGAAUGCUGAUUGUAUAUUCAUCUCUUUAUCUCCUAAGAGUGGUAUUUACAGGGGAUUUUUUUAAAACUGUGUAGUACAGUACAAUGUGGAAGGUAAGAUCAAAGUGUUUUUCCACUUAUUUUUGUCUUAGUGGGAAGUAUUAAUACGUAGUUGGUGUCAUUUUACAUGUCUUUUUCAGUAAGCUUUGUAAAGCUUUGUAAGAUAUUUUGUUUUAAAAAGAUUGGAGACUCAUGAUUUGCAUGAAGACAUAUUUUAGCUCUGACUUAAAUCAUCACAGUCACCCUCAUUUAUAUGUUGCCACAUUUAUCAAAUGUGACCAAGAUCUGAGGAAGUUUUUCACAAGAUUUAUAUGUUCAGAAAUAUUUAUGAGUAAUUUUAAAGUGAAAGGCUACCAUGAAACUGCUGUGCUUUGUUGCACUGUUUUAUCAUGUUGAUAAACUUGAAGCUUUUCAAUUUAAGAUUCAGUGUUUUAUGUAUCUCACACAUGCUAUUUCAUGCAUGUGUACUAUUUAUUAGGGUACUGUAUUAUCAAUAUUUAACUAGUUCAGUAAAUGUGCAAUUUUAAUCCUCAGCUACUGGAGGAAUUAUGUUUGAUGUCACAAUUCCCUUUAGUUUUUAAAGUUGCAUAUAUUGUAUAGUUCCUCCAUUACUGUGUACUUAUUGUAGGGUUCCCUAGGUUAACAGGCAGAUAUAUUAAAACGUACCACAAAUUUACGUGAAAAAGACAUGGUGUAUUACAUUUUUGGGAUGGUGCACUGAUGUUGAUUUUUCUUUACAUAUUAAUGUACUGUACAAUAUUUCACAAUCCAUGGUCUUCACUUCUUAACUGGAGUGUUAUGAAUACAAGUCUUUUUUGGCAAAUCAUAAUGUCAAAGUUAUUUUCCAUUGCUACAUUAUGAAAAAUCUUUAAAAUUCAUUUAUUACUGUGCCUUUUAUCAGUAAAGAUCAGCAGGUUUAGUAGUAAAUUAUUAUUUGUAAAAUAGAUAUUUCAAAACUUGUUGUUGUUGAUGCACAUUGAAGAGUUUAUUGUUGGGACACUGAAGGUUAAAGAGAAUCUUAUAAAUAUAUGUUAGUGACAAAAAAUGAUUGGUCUCACAUGUCAUUCUGUAGCUUUUUAUGACUAAAGCUUUAACAAUUAUGUAUCAAGUAUGUCAUGCAUUUGUAAAGCCCAUCUAGAUAUUGCUUUUCAUUGUCUUUUUGCGUGAAAUUCUAAAUUUAUUGCAACUGAAAAGAUUAAUUUUUUUGGUUCAGUUUUACUUAGGUUUUAAUUUGUUUCGGUUUAAAGUCAAAAUACAGUACUGCUUUGAUAUUUUUGGACAACUUUCUUAGAAAAGCAAAGAGGAGGGAUAAUACAUUAUUUGCAUGUUAGCAUUUCAGUGAAAUGCUUGGUAUAUGUUCUCUAUACAUUCAUUGUAGUUGAACAAUAGUAGUAUGUAAUGGGUAGUCAAACACUUAAUUUUUGAUACUGUAUAAUUAUUAAGUUAGAAUAUUUUUAUUUUUUUAUGAGAAUCCAGUUCAUGUUUGAUCAUUUUAUUUGAAUUUCAUCAUUGAAUAUUUUAUUUUAGGCUUGUAAAUCAUGUUCAUGGAUAUUCACUAGUCAUUUUGCAUUUUUCUUUAUUUUGAUAAUUUUAUCAUCUGUAACAAAGGUUAGUUUAGUUAAUAAUUUAGCAUUUACAGGAGAUUCAGGCAUUUAUACAGUAUGCAACUCCAGUGCACAGGGUUGUAUAAUAGUGUCAGUUACCCAGGGUGUAGCCAAGAAUUUAUGUCCCAUAUUGUACAUAUCAGUUGUAAAGCAUUAUUUACCCCACAGUAUUUUUCUGGUUGUGCUGCGCCCCAUCCCGUGAUAAGAAUAAAUAUGGAUCUGAA